AUGCGUCCCAACUUGCUCAAACGGGCACACAGCCAUAACAAACAGACGCUGAAUAAUCUGUUGCAUUCGCGGAACACCUCGCCACAUCCGCAGGGCGAUACGAUCUCUGGCCACAAGCAGAUCGAGGAAGAAACUCUUCCCAAGUACAAUCCAGACCACUGGUAUCCGGUGCGGCUGGGUGAAGUAUUAGACCACCGCUAUGAAAUCGUUGUCAAACUUGGUUUUGGCAUGACAGCCACGGUCUGGCUCGCCAGGGAUCUCCAGGCUGACGCGAAUGCCGGGAAUCGCAAAUAUGUCACCAUCAAAAUCAAUGUCAACACCCUGGGUGAAGACUUCCAAAAAGGCAGACGAGAGAUUGCUCAGAAGCUUUUCUCCGCCAACCCUAAGCAUCCUGGCUAUGCCCAUGUCCGAUUCAUGCUCGACACCUUCAAGCUCAAGGGGAGACAUGGCGACCACUUGUGCAUCGUGUACGACGUUCUCCGUGAACCCAUUGAUCUGUGCAUGGAGAAAUUCCCCGGCCGACGAUUCAGCUGUGGGAAACUCCGCGUCCUGCUGCCAGCUCUGUUACAGGGUCUCGAUUACAUGCAUUCCGAGUGUCAUGUUGUACACACGGAUCUGAAAGCCGACAACAUCAUGAUGGGACUUGGCGACCCCAACAUUCUCGACCACUUUGUGCAGCACCAAUUCGAACAUCCAGCACCGCGGAAAGCGCCCGAUAGCCAUGGGCGGGUCAUCUACACUUCUUGCAGUGACUUUGGAGAACCUCCCAACGAAGCCGUCAUCGCAUCCGCCAAAAUCACCGACAUCGGUCUGGCAGCAUGGGGGGACGAGAAGAACACGAAGCCCAUCCAAUCUAAUGCUUUUAUGGCACCUGAGGUCAUUUUGCAAGCGGGUUGGUCUUACCCUGCCGACAUCUGGAAUCUGGGAGUUAUGCUGUGGGAUUUAUUUGAGCACUUCGGGCUAUUUGAUCGGAUUGACACGAAACCUGGCCACUAUCAUCCCGAGCAGCACUUGGGGCUAAUGAUCGCCCUGCUUGGUCCUCCGCCCAAAGAUUUCCUGAAGCGUUGUACCAAGGCACCGGUCUAUUUCGAUGCCGACGGCCAAUUCAAAUUUCCAGAGCACGUCGACGACCACAGUUUCGAAUCUUCCAUUGUCAGGUUGAGAGGGGAAGAGAAAGAGUUAUUCAUUGAUUUCGCAAAGAAAAUGAUCACAUGGGUGCCUGAAGAACGAUGGACGGCGAAACAAUUACUCGAGCAUCCUUUCCUGACUAAAGAGCGAGAAUUUCCCACACCGAGUCUCAGCAGAGCUUCUACGGCCUCGAUGAGCUCAUCAAUGAUUCCGUCGCGGGCAGUUACACCAGGAAUUCCCGCCUCAGGCUCGCCUGUUACGGGACCGAAUUCCUCGCCGAAGUCACUGCCUCACAACACCUCAUUGCUGCCGCCCAGGCUUCUGGAGCUGGUACCCUCUCUUGCCUCAACAACAGACAGCGCAGAGACAAAGACUGAAAAGACUGAAAAGCCACUUACAAAUGACGAAAGGUCCACAUCGAGAACCUCUCUGUCACUAAGGCCGAAAAUGGAGAGUCUCGCAGAGUCGCAUAAUGAGCCGGACGUUGAGGUCCACAGUUCUAAGCGCUUGUCGGUGAAUUCGGCGAACAAGUGCUCACAGGACAUUAUCGACGCCAUCCUCAGCAAGGGCAAAAACCACCACGUAGCGUCCGAGGCGAAAUGA